AGAGAGAGUGAUGAAGGGAGAAGAAGAAAAACAUGAUAAGGGUAAUAAGACGAGGGUCUUCGUGGGAGGAUUGGGGGAAAGCGUGACGGCGGUUGAUCUCCAAAAAACCUUCUCCUCACUGGGGACUAUCGAGUCUAUCGAGAUCGUCAGAACCAAUGGCCGUAGCUUCGCUUACAUGGAUUUUCUUCCUUCUUCCGACAAAGCUCUCUCCAAGCUCUUUAGCACGUAUAAUGGCUGCAUGUGGAAAGGAGGUCGGCUGAGGAUUGAAAAAGCUAAAGAGCAUUAUUUUGUUCGCCUGCAACGAGAGUGGGCAGAAGAGGUUGAACGUACCAGCCAUAAAAGUAAUAAUCACCUUAGUGCAGAUGAAAAAACUGAGCCUUCAAAUAUGUCAAAGGAACUCAUGAGGAAACAGAAUAUGCAGCUUCAAAUUUUCUUCCCUAGAUUAAAGAAGGUGAAAUCAUUACCUUACAUUGGAACUGGCAAGCAUAAGUACAGUUUCCAACGUGUUGAGGUUCCUCCUCUCCCUGUCUAUUUCUGUGACUGUGAGGAGCAUUGGAACCCUCGUGAAAAUGCAAAACAGAGACAAAUUUCUACUCUUGAACCCCCAAGUGGUGAAAUAAGCAAGGAAGAGCUACAUCUGAUGGAUUCAGUGAUGAACAAGCUCUUGGAAAAGGAAGAUAAUGCUAAUACGAAUGCAAAGGAUGCUGAUGGUGGAGCCAGAUUGGUUAUUGAAGGAGACCAUUCCAGUCACCCAAUUGAUGAUGUGUUAGUCAAUGGAAGUGAAACAGAUAAUGCUACGGAUGAAGAUAACAUUGUAAUGAACAUAGUAACUGGAGGAAACGUGAGAUCAGGUUUGAUGCGGAAUCAUGGAACAAUUUCGGCAAACCAGGAAUCAAGGUCUAGAAAGCGACAAGCUUCUGACAACAGGCCAGCACAAAAUAAGCUCAAAGCUCAAAAAAUGAUAAGAACAGAAACAUCUAAUGCUUCCAAACCAACUUCUAGAAAGGAGUCCCAUUUGUAUAUGGCAGGUGAGAGCCAAAGAGAAGAAGUUGCAUCUGCUAAACAUGUAAAGAAAGAGAGCACAGAGACCCACUGUGAAAAGUUGGAGGGUGUCAUGGAAGUACACCCUACCAAGUCCAAACCUGAUGUCCAACCGAGCAGAGGACUUUUGUGGGUGCAGAAGUCCUCAUGGAGAGAACUGGUUGGUGAGGCAGGGAACAGUUCAUUUAGUAUCUCAGAAAUAGUUCCUGUCAUUCCUAACAACCAAGGGCUUCCAAAAUCCAGUGGUUCAAAUGCCAUGAACUCCACUGGAAGCAAAGAGGAGAUAUGUAUGAAGCAUACAAGAGGUCAAUCUACUGGCGAGAGUUCUCAAGCUUUGGAAAUCGGGAAGGAUGUUCCAACAGACAAGGGUACUGCUCCCAAUGGCUCUGAUGCAGUGGAUGUAGGAAAGACAGAACAAAUUCUUUCUAGUUCUGAGGGUGAGAAAAAGAUUACUGGGAACGGUUCAGAGAUCAUGGAACAUGAUAAUAAUGUUAUUGCUGAACCAGUAAAGAAAAACUAUUUGGUACCAAAGGUAAUAUCUACCGGGGAGGCUGGCAUUGGUGAAGUUUGCACCUUCAUGAGGAGUGCUGUUUCCGAGAGGGAGUGGAUGAAAACAAAGACAGCUCUAAGUGGUUCCCUUAAGAAGAAAAGUAAUGAGAAGUAGCAGCCAUAUGUGUUUCAGUGGUACAGCCAGAAAAUUUGGAAACAAGAAAAUAGUCCUUGUAGUUGUCCAACAAAGCUGUAACCCUUCCCACCAGGCAAAAAGAGGUUUAUUUAGACUCUGAAAGAUUGUUGCUUUUCAAGCGUGUCAUAAGUUAUUGUUGCUAUUAUUAUCUCUCUUAACAUGUAACAACACACCUGAUAAAAUUAACUUUGCAAUGGUAAUUACUCUUGUUGUACUAA